AUGAAAAUAAUAAUCUUAAGCAGUAUUCAGGGAGAGUACGUCGCACCAGAAAAGAUCGAAAGUGUCUACAUACGCGCACCGUGUGUUCAACAAAUUUUUGUGGAUGGAAAUUCUUAUGAAAGAUAUCUGAUAGCGAUCGUUGUUCCUGACGAAGAUGCGAUAAAGCAGUGGUUAAGAGAGAAUAUCACCAGCAACGGCAACACUUAUGAGCAAUUAUUGAAAACAAAAGAGGUGCAAUCGUACGUUCUGGAACAGUUAACAAAGAUUGGUAAAGAGAACAAUUUGAAUUCAAUGGAACAGGUGAAAGCAGUUUAUCUGACAAGUACGGCAUUCUCGGUCGAGAAUGGACUUUUGACACCAACACUCAAAACAAAAAGACCUCAGCUGAGAGCCGUUUAUGCAGAAAUAAUCAAAGAUUUGUACAAAUCGCUUAAUGCACUUUGA